UCCAACUCUGGCAGUUGUCAAUGGCUCCUCCUCUGCCUCCUCCCCCGCCUCCUCCCCCGCCCCAUGUAGUAGCUAUAAAACGAUGUGCGCCACUCACACAGAUGCGACACUGCUCACAGAGAUCUCAUUAUAGGUACCCUGUGAGAAUCUACAAGUUUGAACUUAUUCCCUCCCCAAAGAAGGACAAUCUUAACAGCAUAAUGCGUGAGUGUAUCUCCAUCCACGUUGGCCAGGCUGGUGUCCAGAUGGGCAACACCUGCUGGGAGCUGUACUGCCUGGAGCACGGCAUCCAGCCUGAUGGCCGAAUGCCCGCCGAUAAGGUCCGCGGAAGCCAUGAUGACUCCUUCACCACCUUCUUCAGUGAGACUGGCAACGGGAAGUACGUCCCCAGAGCCAUCUUUGUCGACCUGGAGCCCACUGUUAUUGAUGAGGUUCGUACAGGUGCAUACCGCCAGCUUUUCCACCCCGAGCAGCUGAUCUCAGGAAAGGAGGAUGCGGCCAACAACUACGCCCGCGGUCAUUACACCGUUGGAAAGGAGCACAUUGACUCUGUACUUGACAGGAUCCGCAAACUGUCUGACCAGUGCACUGGACUACAAGGUUUCCUGGUCUUCCACUCCUUUGGAGGAGGAACCGGCUCUGGCUUCACCUCUCUGCUGAUGGAGCGACUCUCAGUAGACUUUGGCAAGAAGUCCAAGCUGGAGUUUGCCAUCUACCCAGCUCCUCAGGUGUCUACAGCCGUGGUGGAGCCCUACAAUGCCAUCUUGACUACCCACACCACCCUGGAGCACUCCGAUUGUGCCUUCAUGGUGGACAACGAGGCCAUCUAUGACAUCUGCCGCAGGAACCUGGACAUUGAGCGCCCGUCUUACACCAACCUGAAUCGCCUCAUCAGCCAGAUCGUCUCCUCCAUCACCGCCUCUUUGCGCUUUGAUGGCGCCUUGAACGUGGACCUGACUGAGUUCCAGACCAACUUGGUGCCCUACCCUCGUAUCCACUUCCCUCUUGCCACCUACGCCCCAGUAAUCUCCGCAGAGAAGGCUUACCAUGAGCAGCUCACUGUGGCUGACAUCACCAACUCCUGUUUCGAGCCAGCCAAUCAGAUGGUGAAAUGUGACCCGCGUCACGGCAAGUACAUGGCCUGCUGCCUCCUGUACCGUGGUGACGUGAUGCCCAAAGACGUUAAUGUGGCCAUCGCCAAUAUCAAAACCAAGCGCAGCAUCCAGUUUGUGGACUGGUGUCCCACCGGCUUCAAGGUGGGAAUCAACUACCAGCCUCCCACUGUGGUUCCUGGAGGAGACCUGGCCAAGGUGCAAAGGGCCGUGUGCAUGCUGAGCAACACCACCGCCAUCGCAGAGGCCUGGGCUCGACUUGACCAUAAGUUUGACCUGAUGUACGCCAAGAGGGCCUUCGUCCACUGGUACGUCGGAGAGGGGAUGGAGGAGGGCGAGUUCUCUGAGGCCAGAGAGGACAUGGCCGCCCUGGAGAAAGAUUACGAAGAGGUUGGCGUUGACUCGUAUGAAGAAAAUGAAGAUGGGGAGGAGUAUUAAAGUUCUCUCAGAUUGCAACAGUUUUGUUUUUUUUUUUUUUUAAUCCCAUAAAGAAAUGAUUUUAAGUCUCCUCCAGAAGCAGUCUGUGUUAAUGUGUUAAUGUGCAGUUUAACGACUGAUAUGUAGACCUUUUAAUAAACACUAAUGUAACUGCCGAGCAGCAAUUUGUUCAAGCUCACUCCCAUGGUGUUUGGUUUAUUAAAAGAUGACUCUCCAAUAAGAGACUGCCUUAUUUCCUUUUAAAUAAAGCUAUUUACACCUA